AUGGAGGGGUCCCUCCAACUCCUGGCCUGCGUGGCAUGUGUGCUUCAGAUGGGAUCCCUUGUGAAAACUAGAAGAGACGCUUCAGGGGAUAUGCUCAACACAGAGGUGCACAGUGCCCCAGCGCAGCGCUGGUCCAUGCAGGUGCCCGCCGAGGUGAGCGCAGAGGCUGGCGACGCGGCGGUGCUGCCCUGCACCUUCACGCACCCGCACCGCCACUACGACGGGCCGCUGACCGCCAUCUGGCGCUCGGGCGAGCCGUACGCGGGCCCGCAGGUGUUCCGCUGCACCGCGGCGCCGGGCAGCGAGCUGUGCCAGACGGCGCUGAGCCUGCACGGCCGCUUCCGCCUGCUGGGCAACCCGCGCCGCAACGACCUGUCCCUGCGCGUCGAGCGCCUCGCCCUGGCGGACAGCGGCCGCUACUUCUGCCGCGUGGAGUUCACCGGCGACGCCCACGAUCGCUAUGAGAGCCGCCACGGGGUCCGGCUGCGCGUGACUGCUGCGCCUCGGAUCGUCAACAUCUCGGUGCUGCCCGGCCCCGCGCACGCCUUCCGCGCGCUCUGCACCGCCGAGGGGGAGCCCCCGCCUGCCCUCGCCUGGUCGGGCCCCGCCCUGGGCAACAGCUCGGCUGCCCUGCAGGGCCAGGGUCACGGCUACCAGGUGACCGCCGAGUUGCCCGCGCUGACCCGCGACGGCCGCUACACGUGCACGGCAGCCAAUAGCCUGGGCCGCGCCGAGGCCAGCGUUUACCUGUUCCGCUUCCAUGGCGCCCCCGGAGCCUCGACCCUGGCGCUCCUGCUGGGCGCGCUGGGCCUCAAGGCCUUGCUGCUGCUUGGCAUUCUGGGUGCGCGUGCCACCCGAAGCCGACUAGAUCACCUGGUCCCCCAGGACACCCCUCCACGGUCUCAGGCUCAGGAGUCCAAUUAUGAAAAUUUGAGCCAGAGGAGCCCCCCAGGCCACCAGCUGCCACGUGUUUGCUGUGAGGAACUCCUCAGCCACCCCCAUCCAGUCAUUCAUCAUGAAAAAUAA